AUGCCUCGACAACGCCCGGCGCGCGUGCAGCAAAUGCAAGGAAUUGGAGUCGACAGAAUGGGAGCCAUUGGCGAUGCCGACGGCCACCAUCUCUUGCGCCUGGAAAACCUCGAUACCGACAUUCCGCCCGAUGCAGAAGCCAUUGCUCGCACAGAGGCCGCCGCCACCACAGACGACGACAACAGUUACCUGCCUUUUAUCGGGCAGAGGCACCUUCGCAGCGUCGCGGCAGAUCACGUCUCGCGCCUUUCCGGCGUCGCCUACUCUGCCGAUCAGAAUUGCGUCAUCUCGGCCGGCGGACUGUCUGGCAUUCUCAACGUCCUGCUCGCAACCAUCGAACCAGGCGACGAGGUCAUCGUCACCGACCCCACCUACAUCGGCCUGAUCAACCGCAUUGUUCUGGCCGGCGGCGUCCCCAAGUAUGUGCCGUUUGAGUUUAGACCAGGGGCAACGUGGAAGCUCGAUCGCGGCGCUCUCAGGGAUGCCGCAACCCCCAAGACCAGGGCGAUGCUUCUCAUGUCUCCGUCGAUGCCCUGCGGCGGCUACUUUGACGCGCAGGAUUGGCAGGCCGUUGCCGACGUCUGCGUGGCCAACGACCUCUGGCUUCUUCUCGAUACCGCCAUGGAACGGCUUGUUUUUGACGGACGACGAGUCGUGCAUCCCGCUGGCCUCCCUGGCAUGCAGGAGAGAACCAUUACCAUUGGCUCGUCAGCCAAGGAACUACGGAUGAUUGGGUGGCGGGUUGGCUGGAUUGUUGGGCCGCAGGAGGUGAUGAAGGAUGUUGCUCUCGUCUCCAUGGCCAACGUCGUCGUCCCAGUGGGCAUUGGGCAAGAUGCUGUUGCCAUUGCUCUCGAGAGGUCGCAAACCACGCUUGGUGGCUAUGUACAAGAACUUGAAGCCAGGCGCGACAAGGUCGUGUCUGAAUUGGACGGCCUUCCCGUUGGCAUUCCCGCUGGAGGCUGGAGUUUACUGCUGCGUGUGAGUGACUAUGGCUUGACGGGUCAGGGAGCUUCUGAAAAGUUGCUUCAGCAGGGUGUAUGUGCCACGGGAAUGCGUGGAUGGGGACUUCAGCAUGGACAUCAGUAUGUGCGAUUUGUCUUUUCCAACGAACCGGUGAGUCGCUUGCAUGGACUUGGGGUAAAGGUCCGAGCCGCGCUAGGCAUUCAUUCGACUUAG